AUGGCUUCCCACACACCGGCCGUUGUCAUGGACAACGGGACCGGUUUCUCAAAGCUAGGCUUCGCAGGCAACGACUCUCCAUCCUUCGUGUUUCCUACAGCGAUUGCAACCAAGGGCUCGGCAGCAGGCAGUGGGGGUUCUGGCUCUGGGCGCCCGUCAGUAGCCAACAAACCGUCAUAUCUUACAGGAGGCGCUGGCCCGGGUGGGCAUCUAUCGAUGAAGCGUGGGACAGAGGACUUGGACUUUUUUAUUGGGGAUGAAGCUCUUGCUGCAGCAAAUGGACCAGGUUAUGGCAUCCAUUAUCCUAUCCGUCACGGCCAAAUUGAGAAUUGGGACCAUAUGGAAAGGUUCUGGUCAAAUUCGAUUUUCAAAUACCUACGAGUAGAGCCAGAAGACCACCAUUUUCUGCUAACCGAACCGCCCCUCAAUCCUCCCGAAAAUCGCGAGAAUACCGCCGAAAUUAUGUUCGAAUCUUUUAACUGCGCUGGUCUCUAUAUUGCUGUACAAGCUGUUCUCGCUCUGGCAGCAUCAUGGACUUCGUCCAAGGUAUCCGACAGAUCGUUGACCGGAACAGUUAUAGACUCGGGAGAUGGUGUCACGCACGUAAUCCCAGUCGCAGAAGGCUAUGUUAUUGGGUCAUCUAUCAAAUCGAUCCCUAUCGCUGGGCGAGAUAUCACUUAUUUCGUUCAAUCGCUACUCCGAGACCGUGGGGAACCAGACUCUUCUCUAAAGACGGCGGGAGAGAUCAAGGAAGAAUACUGCUACGUAUGCCCUGAUAUUGUGAAGGAGUUCUCCCGUUAUGACCGAGAUCCAACGCGCUUUGUGAAGCACCUUGUAACUCAGCCUGGUGGCCGCAAAGUUAGCGUUGAUGUCGGUUACGAGCGGUUCCUCGCACCAGAGAUCUUCUUCAACCCCGAGAUUUAUUCCUCUGACUUUUUGACUCCCUUACCUACGGUUGUUGACGGAGUUAUCCAAUCAUCCCCCAUUGAUGUUCGCCGAGGUUUAUACAAGAAUAUUGUGCUUUCUGGAGGAAGUACACUUUAUAAAGAUUUUGGGCGGCGGUUACAGCGUGAUAUCAAGCAUCUAGUCGAUGAUAGAAUCAAGGCUAGCGAGGCCAAAAGUGGAGGAGCAAAGAGUGGCGGAUUAGAAGUGCAAGUUAUCACACACAAGAGGCAAAGGCAUGGUCCUUGGUUCGGUGGAAGUCUUUUGGGCCAGACCCCUGAAUUCCGAAGUUACUGUCACACAAAGGCCGAAUAUGAUGAGAUUGGACCUAGUAUCGUUCGAAGAUUUGCACUAUUAGGAGGGCCAGGUGGAUCAUAA